AUGGCAAAGUUUAAAGGGAAGGUUCCACCUGCUUUAGGUCCAUCUGAUCCAAAUCAGAACCAGCGGUUGGCAAACUAUGGCCUGAGGGUCAAUUCCAGUUUAUUGCCUAUUCAUUGUAGCUCAUGUACCAGAAGGACUUGGUCCUCUACGGUUUGUGGUCCCAAGAAGCAUCUGAAGUGUAUAGCAGUUCCAAAAUGUUGGAUGUUGGAUAAACUGACUGGUGUGUUUGCCUCUCCCCAACUGAGAGAGUGUCUCCAUCUCAUCAUUUUCCUAAGGAACAGACUUAGGUAUGCCCUAACAGGAGAUGAAAUAAAGAAGAUCUAUGUGCUAUGUUUUAUUAGAAUUGAUGGCAAGGUCCAAACUGAUAUAACCUACCCUGUUGGUUUUAUGGAUGUCAUCAGCACUGACAAGACUGGGGAGAAUUUCUGUCUGAUCUCUGACACCAAGGGUUGCUUUGUUGUUCAUCGGAUUACACUUGAGGAAGCCAAGUAUAAGUUGUGUGAGAGAGGAUCAGUGAUCAAUGUGGGGACAAAACGAAUCCCUCGUCUGGUGACUCAUGUUUCUCGUGCCAUCUGCUGUCCUGAUGCCCUCAUCCAGGUGAAUGACACCAUUCAGAUUGAUUUGGAGACUGGAAAGAUUACUGAUUUCAUCAAGGUUGAUACUGGUAAUCUGUGUAUGAUAAGUGGACAUGUUAACUUGGGAAGAAUCGGUGUGAUCAUCAGCAGAGAGAGACACCCUGGUUCUUUUGAUAUAAUUCACAUGAAAGAUGCCAGUGGUGACAGCUUUGCCACCCAACUGUUCAACAUUUUUGUUACUGGCAAAGGCAACAAACCAUGGAUUUCUCUUCCUGGUGGUAAGAGUAUCCAUCUCACUGAUACUGAAGAGAGAGACAAGAGACUGGUGGCCCAACAGAAGAAUGAGUAA